AUGCUUGUAGUGGUUGUUACCUUCAUAUUUGUGCUAUCUUCAGUUUAUAACGUCGCACUCAUCUCGUCAAGCGCUUUCACUAUAGAUCCAGAAACUGGCCACUCGAGUGCUUAUUUGUCCAAAAUAUAUGUUAUGGAGAAGGAGCGGAGCGCAUUAUCUGCAAGAUUAGAUGCCCUAGAGAAAGAGUUGGAAUUGUUGAAAACAGUGCUGCGGAAAAAUGGAACCGCAAUCCAAGGAUCCGGCAAGACGUUUCCAGAUGUUCGAUUUCGAAAUGAAGAGCAUCGUAAACGAAUUUUGGUUACUGGUGGCGCAGGAUUCGUUGGUUCACACUUGGUUGACAAGCUGAUGAUGGAUGGACACGAGGUGAUUGCUCUCGACAACUACUUCACAGGAAGAAAGCGAAACGUUGAGCGGUGGAUAGGUCAUCCCAACUUCGAACUUGUACACCAUGAUGUGGUCAAUCCCUAUUUCAUUGAAGUUGAUCAGAUUUAUCAUUUGGCCUCACCGGCUUCUCCACCUCACUAUAUGUAUAAUCCAGUGAAGACGAUAAAAACGAACACACUGGGCACUAUUAACAUGCUCGGCUUGGCUAAGUUGGUGAAAUUAAGCUUUCUAGUAUUUCUUGCAGCUUGCAGUGUCCUUUUGUUCGCAUCAUGCAUUGUUUGCUUAACUGUCUUUGUUUUUGGGCGCGUCAAAGCCACGAUAUUGCUUGCAUCGACAUCAGAGAUCUACGGGGAUCCAGAAGUACAUCCACAACCUGAAAGCUAUUGGGGACAUGUGAAUACUAUAGGACCACGUAGUUGCUAUGACGAAGGAAAACGAGUUGCGGAGUCCUUGAUGGUCGCCUACAAUAAGCAGGAACGUGUCCCCAUACGAAUAGCUCGCAUAUUCAAUACUUUCGGACCACGAAUGCAUAUGAAUGAUGGAAGGGUGGUGUCUAAUUUUAUUAUUCAAGCGUUACAAGGGAACCCUAUAACUAUUUAUGGUGAUGGCUCACAAACGAGGUCGUUCCAAUAUGUUGACGAUUUGGUUGAUGGUUUGAUAUUGUUGAUGAAUAGUAACUGUUCGCUACCAGUCAAUCUUGGUAAUCCCGAAGAGUACUCGAUCGCCAAUUUUGCGCGUAUAAUAAAGGAUUUAGUAGGAAGUGAAAGCAGUAUAGUUAACAAGAGCUCGCAAGAAGAUGACCCACAACAACGAAAACCUGAUAUUUCAAGGGCUGCUAAGGUGUUGAAUUGGCAACCCAAGGUUUCGAUGCGAGACGGUCUUAUAAAGACGAUAGAAUAUUUUCGUGAUGAAAUCAAUGAACAUCGGCGGCUUUCCUCUGACGAUGAUUAA